AUGACGUCAAUAUAUUUAAUAAAAUAUUUCCAUAAUGUUCCUUUUCUUCCUCCAGAUGAUCGGGCGAUCCAUACUCUUCGUGGCUACGGCCUUGUGCGCCUUGGUAACAGCUCUUCCAGGACAGAUUUCAGGUUCUCAUGGAGCUGGAGGCUUUGGAUCCGGGGGCUUUGGAUCUGGAGGGCUUGGAGCUGGAAGCUUUGGAUCCGGGGCUUUGGAUCUGGAGGUCUUGGAGCUGGAGGCUUUGGAUCCGGGGGCUUAGGAUCUGGAGGCCUUGGAGGUGGAAGCUUUGGAGGCGGCUCCUCUUUAGGACAUCUUGGAAGCUCUGGUGUUGGAGUAGGUGGAGUUGGAGGUGGACAUCUUGGCGGCUCAGGUAUUGGCGUUGGAGGUGGACAUCUUGGCGGCUCAGGUAUUGGCGUUGGAGGUGGACAUCUUGGAGGCUCAGGUAUUGGCGUUGGAGGUGGACAUCUUGGUGGCUCCGGAAUUGGCGUUGGAGGUGGACAUCUUGGAGGCUCCGGUAUUGGCGUUGGAGGUGGACAUCUUGGAGGCUCUAGCGUUGGACACCUUGGAGGCUCCAGUGUUGGAGGCUUGGGACAAAUUGGAGCUGGAUCUCUGGGUGUUGGUGGUACCUCCUACAACCCAGCCCACUACCCAGACAUCGUUCCAGGAUAUCCAUUCCAGAACUCUUACCCUGGAAAGGGAUUCGGAGGCUGUGCCAACUGGUGCCGCAGCUCUUACCAGAAGAACUACUAUUGCUGUACAAGAACGAGCUACGCUGGCUAACUGAUUACUCUUAUCUCUGUGACCAAUUUAUUCCUUAAAUAAAAUUAUAUCUUAAUGUUG